CACAGUCCCCAGAGGCAAGAGAAGACAGUAGGAAGGUGAUUCAUAUUGCAAAUCACACUGUCUCCGAAGGACCUGCAGGGCUCUGGAAAGACCGAACCAGUAUCCUUCCUUCUUCUACCUCCCUAACGCUUAAUCAGGGUAAUUAAGGCAGCAGACUCAGUCUGGAUGGAUUUCAUUGCCGGGGCCAUUGGAGGUGGUCUAAGCACAGCAGUGGGUUAUCCGCUGGACACAGUGAAGGUGAGAAUUCAGACCGAAAGGCAUUACAAUGGGAUUUGGCACUGCAUUCAGGAGACAUACAGGACAGAAAAAGUUUGGGGAUUUUACAAAGGUGUGUCUGCAUCAGUCCUCACAGUAUCGGUGAUUUCUUCUGUUUCAUUUGGCACAUACAAAAACUUCCUUUGUACCAUCUGCAAGCUGCGAUACGGGGCUGCAGAUGCAAAGCCAUCCAAGGUGGAUGUUUCUCUUGCCGGAGGUGCUGCCGGUGCUGUCCGGGUUGUGUUGAUGACCCCUAGUGAAGUGGCUAAAGUUCGCAUGCAGACUCAGAGGAACCCACAUCCUUCCGUUGCAUCUCCCCAGCCUGUUUCCAAGCCAAAGUACCGAGGAUCUCUGCACUGUCUGAAGGUGAUUGCCAAGGAGGAGGGUUUAGGGGGUCUCUACAAGGGCUGCUCUGCAUUACUCUGCAGGGAUUGCUCCUCUUCUGCAAUAUAUUUCCUUACCUAUUCUGCUCUGUGCGACUGGCUCACACCAGCUGGGAAGAAUAAACCAGGUUUCCUCGUUGUGUUGCUUUCCGGUGGUUUCGCUGGAGUCCUGGCCUGGGGAUUAGCUACUCCCAUGGAUGUCAUCAAAUCACGGAUGCAAACAGAUGAAUCGGACCAGCACAAGUACAAAGGCCUCGUCCACUGUGCUAGGGAAAGUGUGAGAAAGGAGGGUGCAAAAGUGCUUUUCAAAGGACUGGGUUUGAACUGCAUUCGUGCCUUUCCUGUGAACAUGGUGGUGUUUGUAACAUAUGAAGCUGUGCUGAGAUUUACAGAUCAUUAUACAAAUAAAAAAUAG